CGCCUAGAUUUUCCUCAGUUCUUCUCGGUCGCCGCGUCUCGUGCCUCCGCCACUACCGAAGGUAACUCCGUGCGUAAAAGCUCCCGGACACCCGACGGACACCGUACAGUUUCAACCUCCGCCUCUCUCUCUUCAGGCGGGCGAAACGGAAAAGAAAGAUCAUUUAAGCUCGGGAAAGAUUUAAGGAUUGGAAGCAGAUUUAUUUCUCUUUUAUUUCUGUGUAUUAUGUUGGCUCGCGUGACAUUCUGUUCCGAUGCCUCGCCCCCGAGCCGCUGCGCCAACUCGGUUCAGUUAUAAAGAGUAAACAAUGUGCAAAGCGACAUACACCGUUGGAGCUAAACGUGGAUUCUGUUGAAUUGAACAGCGGGUACCUGUAAAAACAAAGAUUCAGUCAAACUUAUGGCGUGAAGGGCCCGAUCUUGGCCUUCGUCACUCACAGCUAAUGGAUGUCUUUACCCAGUAUGCCUACAAUGACAGUUUCAACGACAAUGAAACAUGGAGCUUCAACAAAACAGAUCAAGAGCAGAAGCACCUCUACAACUACUACGCCAUGCUGCUUACCCUGCUUAUCUUCGUCAUUGUCUUUGGCAACGUGCUUGUGUGCAUCGCUGUGUCCAGAGAGAAGGCCCUGCAGACCACCACCAACUACCUGAUUGUCAGCCUGGCUGUUGCUGACCUGCUGGUGGCCACACUGGUUAUGCCCUGGGUCGUCUACUUAGAGGUAGUGGGAGAGUGGCGCUUUAGCAAGAUUCACUGUGACAUUUUUGUCACUUUGGAUGUGAUGAUGUGUACAGCCAGCAUCCUCAAUCUCUGUGCAAUCAGCAUUGAUCGUUACACAGCAGUUGCAAUGCCAAUGCUGUACAACACUCGCUACAGUUCCAGGAGACGGGUGACAGUAAUGAUCUCUGUGGUGUGGGUGCUGUCUUUCGCCAUAUCAUGCCCCUUAUUGUUUGGCCUAAAUAACACAGCGACCCGGGAUGAGUCUCUCUGUGUGAUCGCCAAUCCAGCCUUUGUGGUAUACUCUUCCAUAGUGUCCUUUUAUGUUCCCUUCAUCAUCACUCUGCUGGUUUAUGUGCAAAUUUAUGUGGUAUUGAGGAAGCGCAGGAAACGUGUCAACACUAAACCGAAGCAGCGCGUCCGUCAGGCUGCCGAGCCUGAUGUGGCCACUUCGCUGAAAGAUAAGUGCACUCAUCCAGAAGAUGUGAGGUUGUGCACCAUGAUUGUUAAAUCUAAUGGGAGUUUUCCUGUCAACAAGAAGAAAGUGAUAUUCAUCAAAGACGUAGUUAAUGAGGGGGGCGAUCUGGAGCUGGAUGAGCUGAACAACAGCGGCAGAAGCCAGAAACAGAAGCAGAAGCAGCAGCCACGUUGUGUCCUGGGAGACACUCCGGCCACCAGCCACCAGCAACUGGUGCCCAACAAAGCCAACGCAAGCCCCACCUCCACACCGCCCACUCCCCCGGAGGAAGACCAGAACGCCGAGAAGAAUGGAGAUCCUACCCAGGAGACCCCCGGGGAUCCAGCACCCGCUCUUGCCAAGUCCUUCCAGACCCAGGCCUUACCCAAUGGCAAGAUUCAGACCUCAGUGAAGACCAUGAGCAAGAGAAAGAUCUCCCAGCAGAAGGAGAAGAAAGCCACUCAGAUGUUAGCCAUUGUCCUUGGAGUGUUCAUCAUAUGCUGGCUGCCGUUUUUCAUUACGCACAUCUUGAACACCCACUGCACAAAAUGCAAGGUUCCCGCUGAGGUGUACAACGCUUUCACUUGGCUGGGCUACGUGAAUAGUGCCAUAAAUCCCAUCAUUUAUACCACCUUUAAUGUCGAGUUCAGGAAGGCAUUCAUUAAGAUCUUGCAUUGCUAAGCUGCAGCCUCACUUGUCAGAUAAGACUGAGAGAGAAGAGCGACAAAUAAAAUAAUCUCUUCUGGCAAAUACCUCAUCCUGUUAAGGAAAACUCGCCACAGGGGGAAACUGCCUUCUGCUUUUUAAAGUUAUGGAGCUGAGUGACUGAAAACUGACCGUGUCUUCUUGAAAAGGCGCGCCGGCUCUAUAUGUGAGUUGUUUGUGGAGUCCCGUUCUCCAAAUCACUGAAUGUAAAACAAAAAAUGUCUGUAACAAUGACCUGCUUCAUGGAGAAAAUAAAAAUGUAAAAUCAUUGUAUCUGUCACAUAAGUAACCAUCUGUGUAUACCACACACAUACAAGUUGCAAAAUGCUAUUUAUUGUGUGUAUGUACUUUGAUGAUCGAAAUUUUCUGCAUAUCUUGAAGAUAACAAGUCAGUGUUCAUUGCAGUGUUAAAACUGAUCGGUGAGCUCUUAAUCUUAAAUCCUGCCACUGAUUGGAAUGUGUGCUAAGAUAAGAGACAAUUUACUUGCUAUAUAAUGUGGCUAUGCCAAUAUCCACGUAUUUGAAAUUUUAUGAAAAUAAAAAUUGUAUUAUUAUUAUUAUCAUAUUCUGUACAUAAUUUUUAUUCAAAUAUUAACUGUAAUUAUAUGCUUGCAAUGGGAAGGUGAUGCAUGCUACACUGCUCCUCUACUUGACUUCUCAUGACAUGUAUGUUUGACAACAAUUUACAAAAGAUCUCCAAUAAAUUAAAGUUAUGAGACACUUUAAAGUGCCACAUGAAUACAAGUGUUUCCUGUAUGUGUACAGAUGAACCCGUACACGACGUGAUAUUUGGUUUGCAGCGUCUCUUAUUCCCAGGACUGGCGUGCAGUUUGAGUAAUGGUGUUUACUGGAAGUUUUUCCAGGCUUAAACUAAUGACCUGUACUGUAUGUGGACUUUACAGCUUCCAGAUAUAAUCAUGUGGAUGUGUGCAACCCCUGCAGCAGCUCACAGGGGCAUUUGCGGAGUGAGAAUGAGGAGAAUUUGGCCCAAACUGAAAUAAUUGAUACAGCAAUAGAUGUUUUGGUUGUUUUGGUCCUGCAUUUCAUUUAAAAUAAACAACGAAGGCAUUUGGUCUCAUUCACAAA